ACACUAGUGUAGCUAUCAUCAUGGCUUCUUGCACGAGUUCCGGAGGCGAGCCGAUGAAAGUUGCUGUUGAGAUGGGCGUUACGCUGAAAGUGAAGGAAAACCACACAACUCCAGAGAAGACUGACACCUUUUAUAACCCUAAGAUGAGGAUGAACAGAGAGAUGGUAUUGUGUGCUCUCGCAACCAUGGCUGAAGAGAAGGAUCAGCUACGGUGUCUGGAUGCGUUUGGAGCCACAGGCAUUGAAGGGAUACUUUGGUCCAAGUACCUUAGAAGCAAGCAGCCACAGGUGACCAUCGGGGACAUUAAGGAGGAAACAGUCGCUCUCAUCAAGAAGAACGUCAGAUCAAACGGCUUCAGAGUCAAGAAUGAAGAGAACAGUCAUGUUACGGAGGAGGAAGAUGGAAGGGUGAACAAUGAAGAGGGUAGUGUUGAAGACAAUGCUCCUGCAGAUGAUGCAGAAGCGAUGAAGACACCAGAGAUUGAAGUUGUUUGCUGCGAUGCCAAUGUGCUGCUGCACCAGAGACCCUUUGACUUUGUGCACCUGGAUCCUUAUGGCUGCUCUGUACAGUACUUAGACGCUGCCUUCAGAAAUGUCCCAAAGGAUGGCAUUGUGGCCAUAACGUCCACAGACACCAGCGCUGUGUACGGGAAGUGCCCCAAUGUCACCCAGAGACACUACAAUGGCUACAUCACGCGGAGUGAGUUCAUGAGAGAGAUGGCAGUCCGAUUGAUACUAGCCUCUGUUGUCAGAGCUGCGGCCAGGUGUAACAAAGGUAUUGAUGUCCUCCUGUCCCUGGUGGCGGAACAUUUCCUCCUGGUGGUUGUACGCGUCCUGCGGGGUCCGUCCUACGCUGACGCGUGUCUGGAGCGCGUACAGGGGGUCAUCCACUGUCAGCUGUGUCAGGAGAGGGUCUUCCAGCCCAACGACAAGAUGUUAAAUAAGAACAAUUAUACCUUCCUGCCAUGCUCCUGCCAUGUUGGUGCACCUGGUAAGACUGCUGUUCUGCUGGGACCUGUGUGGAGUGGCCCUGUUUUCAACCUGGAGUUCCUGAAGAGAAUGUUCUCAACAUGUAGAGGCUUACUCGUGAGUCCCAUGACUAGAAAUCACCUGAAAACUAUGAUUCAAGAGGCAGAGUGCCCUGCUGGGAAAAGUGAAGGAAUGUUCGAGGAUGAUUCAGACAAUAACUGUCAACAAACCAACCAGAAUCCAUGUAAGAAAAUAAAGACAGAUGGAGGGGAUAAGGAGGAGUCUCAGCCACACCCAGCCUUCUACUACAACAUCCACAGACACUGUGCCAAGAGCAAAGACUCUCCAAAGAUGCAGAAAGUUCUCCAGUACAUGCGGAAAGAAGGCUACAGGGCCAGCCGGACACAUUUUGAUCCCAUCGCGAUCAGAACAGACGCCAACCUGCUCCAGCUCAAGGCUGUUCUGCAGAAGUACAGCAGCCAAACGGUGACCUGAGCACUGGUUACCACCGUGGUUACCACUGACAUU